AUGCUUGUUUUCCGCAUGUCGAUACCUUAUGGUCGCUACAGCAGAGUCCGAUGGUAUGCCAGGAAUUUCUUAUCCACUUGCGUGCCCGCUGCAGUACCACUAGAAGCACCAUUGACUGCACGAAAAGACGAAACCCAAACGCAAUUAGGUGGUCCUGAACUUCCACAUCCGACAGAAGCCACUCGAGUAGAUGAUUCUUCUGCCUCUGUCGAUUUGCGCGACGGUGAUGAGAAGCUAAAUGGGAACAUGGGAGUAGCAUCCGGGAGGGUACCUGUAACUGCAGUCGCGAAUGGGGAUGCCUAUGCUUGUGCUGAGUGUGGCGUUAAAAUGAAGGGCAUAUUUUAUGUAUGCCUUACCUGCGGAGAACACAAUUCCCCCAUUGCCCUAUGCAGUGAUUGUGCAUUUCACGAUGUGUUUAACGUAGUCACAGAGCACCACCCUUACAAACACUGGCUGAUCAAGAUUAAAGAUCGGGUUCAAGAUAUAGGAAUCGGAACAUCAGACGAACCUCUGGAUAAUGUGGACAAGAUUACUUCGCUUUCCUUACGAGUCGAUAAGCUGGCUGCAAUGGUGGAAUCUCGCUUCGUAGAACAGGAUCUCCGGCUUAGUACACUUGUCACGCAGGUUGAAUACCUUGUGCAUGGUAUGGCUACAUUGACGGGAAAAGCAGAGCUUCCCUCUGAAUCCGUCACUGAUUGAUUGGCUCAUAAAUUGGCAGACUGUUGUUGUAUUUGAUUCUUGCUGCCUCGGCGACCUUGUACUAGUAUAGAUCAGUCAGUAUCAAAGUAUUAUAUAUACACCAUUCGUACAUGUGCAAUAAACAUGUUUGUUGGCCUUCA